AGUGCAAAAGUCUAGAAGCAAACACAAUCAAGCCACAAACAAACACGUUGCAUUAAACAGCCCGAACUGGUGAUCACUUUUCCCCGCGUUCCGAUUGAGGUUUGUUGUUCUGGGGUAAUAAAUCAUACAUACACUCGGUCAUCAUCCUCCACAACCCCUGUCGGUGUAGAAUAUGCAUCUCAAACGCCACACAUCAUUGGCGUACAUGGAUUAUAAUCUUGUGUAAGGGAUAAGGGAAUAUCGUUCUUGAUAAGAUUGUUUUGAAGAGUAUAUAAAUUAUAGAGCCGAAUGUGUGCCAUUCAAAUACAAUUUCCUUUCUCCCGUCGACAACUGGAAAUGGAACUCAAAGCACCUAUCUCAGAUGCGAAUAGAAUUCUACGUCAUCUUCAGCUACGAUCCUACAAAAGUGAGAGAUGUCAUGGUGCUCAAUGGUCAUACAAAACACUUUUACCACCUCUAGGUCAAUCUACCGCGUUUGGAGGGUUGAUGGUUGCAUUGAUGAUACAAGCUGCAUAUCAGACAUUUCCUCAAUCGAAUGCAGUUCAAUACAAAGUUGAUUCCAUCACAGCCACAUUUUUGGGCUCUAUUCCUUCUUCGACAAAGGUACGAUUAAUCGUACAUUCCAUUGGACAGAGCCAUACAACUCAAUCACGGCACGUUCGGGUAUUGAUCCCAGUCAUGAAUAAUGGAAAACGAACAUGGACGACAAGAAUGACGGGAAUCGUUCAAUUGAGUCAAUCAUCAGAAUCCGCUUUUAGAAAUGGCUCAACUCCGAGCGCUUUUGUAAGUUUGACUCAAAUGCCAUCGAACAGCGUAAUCUCGAAAGUUGUAGCAGAAGAUCUAUUUGGAAUACCAUCUCAUAAAAGCUCGAAAUUUGCCAAUCCGUCUUAUGCAGAGGAAGAUCAACACGCCGACAUGCAAUGUACCUUGCAUCAUUUACUCAAAAGUGUGCCAAACAUACACUCGGAGCAACUGCAAACGAUCAAUUCUCGAUCGAAGCAAGAAGGUGUCUUACCCAUCACUGCAACUUCAAUUGGUCCGACUUUGUUGGCAUUCACCCUGGAUAAUUGUAUUCCAGGUGCAAUGAGCGGAUUACGACACUUCACGGAUAAAGCGCAGAAUACAUCUGGAUCGAUCGCGCUCAGAAUGCGUUUCAGCAAUACUUCUUUCGAUACAGAUACUUGGAAUGAGUUGCAAGCACUCUUUGAUGCUGAUUAUGAGAUGCAACAGAAGACGAAUAACACCAUCAUGUUCAGUCGAUCAAACCAAAUCGAUGACCUUCCGCACCACCUAUUUCGACAUCGUAAAAGGUCAACCACAACGCUUUCCAAACUAUAACGCCUUUAACGAACAAAUUGACGAACAAAUUAACGAGAUUACACUGUACCAUUGUUGACUACAUUUCAUGAAAUUGACGACU